CGGCGAGGCCCGGCUGCACUCUGGAGACUAGGGCAGCGGCGACCAUCGCUGCUCUUGGUCAUCCUAACUGCCCGUUAGGUUGCUUUGACCGAACGAUGGUGUAUGAUUCACCUGGCAGAUUAGAAGACGGCACAUGGGUGUUUGGUGCGUAAUAAGAUAUAUGGCGGCGCAUUUCUUACAAGUGGGGGCGAUGGCCUCAGUGGCACAACUACAACACGAUGCGGACGACUGGUUAUUCACCAUUCAGGAGGGCGGUGUGCGAUUGCGAGGGAUUGUGGAGGCUAUGUCAGCGAAGGGAAGGGAUUGGCGCGCGGUCGAAGGGGGGGGGACGGCGUUGCUGACCUGGACGGAAAACUCCAUGCAGGACAUGUUGGAGGUCAUUUGGGAACUGGAGGAAGGGUCGGAUCCCCGGCUGGAAGACCUCCUUGAUUGGCGCCAAGCAAAAACCCUCAUGCAGCGGUGUUAUGCGAUCUUUAGGGAGGGGCAGAAUCUGUACGAUGCGAUCAUGGCGCAGGCUCUUAUGAUGACAUCGCCUGCAACAACAACACCGGCGACCGUUUCGUCGACUAUACAUACAUCUGCGGCGGUGAUGCCGACAACAACGACACCAACAACAACGACAACAACGCCGGCACACGCGAUACCAAGGAUACAAGCUACAUCAGCAAAGCUGUGGACGGGCAGUGGCGGCGAUGGUGACAACAAAGACUUCGAUAACAACCACAACAACGACACAUGUGAAACACGCGACAAUAACGACAACAACGACAAUACUUACGCCAAUGGUGUCAGCAGUGGCAGCAGAGGUGAUGAUGACAACAAUGACACCGACAACAUCAACAACGAUGAUGACGUAUAAAAUAAUAAUGACAACAACGACAAUACUUCUUCGAUUCCCCCCUCUAGUGGUAGGGGGUUUUCCUUUGCAUUUCCAG